UACGAACAAUUCAAUAGGUUAAGAACACCUUCAUGGGAUUUCUUACGAACUUUCUUAAAAACAAAUCCUGUUUGCCAGUCCUGGCCUGCCCUGAGACACUGGCACAUGAAGAAAGGCAGCAGAAUUGGAAGGAAAGAAAGAUGAGAGGAGUCGGAUACCUUAGAGAUGAAGUUUGCUCGCCUCAUUCACCGCAAAUGCUGUGUCUUUGUUAGGAAGGACUCUGAGCUGAUGAAGAAAUCUGAAGUGGGAAAACAAAAUUGUAAAACAUUUCUGCAGGGGUACAUGGUAAUAAUAGCAAAAACCAAUCCAGCCAUUCAGAAGAGGACAAAGGAGAGGACACACAAGGAAACAUUUAAAACUCAGAGGAGGAACAACAUGUGACUGAGACCAACAGGCAACCCGGACUGCCGUCUCUCUCAUUGUUUUGGUUCAGCUUGAAACCAUUUUACUGUUUCAUUUUGAGUCUAGUGUGUGCCAGGAGGACUUUGUUUCUGACUUUGUGUGCAGGUCAGCAGCAUGGCUCAGCUUUACCUGUGUGUGUGUUUAUGUAUGAGUGUGUGGCUGCACACUUCCCUCGGGUUGCCACCCCAGCACCGUGGGUGGCUUCGGCUGUGGGAGGAGGGUGAAGGCUGUAAGGAGUGCAACCAGCACCUCUGCCCCCCGGUUCCCAACAGCUGUCCUGCAGGUCUGGUGCCGGAUGACUGUGGAUGCUGCGAGCAGUGUGCUAAUGUGGAGGGGCAGCAGUGUGACCCAGAUGGGGCUCAGAAGUUCUACGGUCGCUGUGGAGAAGAUCUGGUCUGCCAGAGGAAGAUGCCAAAGAGGGGACACAUGGUUGAGCCAGAACCUACAUGUGUGUGUCAGGAAAAGGGCCCUGUAUGUGGCUCAGAUGGCUGGACCUAUCCAAAUAUUUGCCAGAUGAGAGAGGGUGCCAGCCACCGAAACACAACCAUCAAGCUCACCGGAAGAGGACCCUGCCACUCUGCUCCCCGUAUCCUUCGAGGCCCCAGAAACCUGUCCAACUACACUGGGAACGACAUUGUGUUUGGGUGCGAGGUCUCUGCCUACCCUCUUCCAAACCUGAGCUGGAGGAAGACAGGAAGUGACCACUUCCUGCCAGGAGAUGAUCCUCACAUCUCUGUCCAGGCUCGAGGCGGUCCCGAGCGCUACACUGUCUCUACCUGGCUUCAGAUACAGGACCUCCACGUCUCUGAUACAGGCGUUUACUCUUGCAUCUCCCACAAUGCCUUGGGAGAAACGUCUGCAUCUGCACAGCUCACAGUGUUAAAACAGGUGAUGAAGGUGAUGAAAGGCCAUGCUGAGGAGGAAGAGGAGGACUUAAAUCAUCUGGAGGGGGGCAGUGGUGACGGACAGCUGGCAUCUAGAGAUUACCUGGGAUUAAUUUAGAUCAGUUUUAUAUGACAACACAACAAGGUCUGCCAUUAAGGAUCAGCCCACAUAUUUUAAAUGAAAGGGCAUGACAUUCAUCAGUCACAGCUCACUGCUAAUUGUAAAAGGAAUAGCUAUCUCUUCAUUACUUCUCCCUUCUUACUGUACCAUGGCACAGAAAACAAUUCAGUGUUGUUAAUUGUUGUGUAGAGAAUUUGUAUGAUUAUAAUAAAAGUGACACACUGGCA